GUGACUUCUUAAUUAUUUGGAACUUAUUGUUUUAUACAUAGCAUAUUACACAAGCACCAUUUCAAUAGAUCGCGGACCGACAUUACAUUCUUCUUGUCGCUCGCGAGGUGCCGCGCUGACAGCGCGCGGUUGACAUGACGGCUGUCAGUGUCAGUUCUCGAUCUGCUCGACGCACAGUCUCGAGUCGUUCCUCUGUCCGUCAGAAAAUAUUCUUAGUAACAAAGUGCCGCGGUGGAACGUAGAGUCGGUCGCGAAGGAGUCCCAGCUACAGCGAUGCGCUACGUCACCGCGCUGCUAGCUGCCGCGCUGUCUGCCGCGCUAUCUGCCGCGCUAUCUGCCGCCCAGUCGCACGCGUAUCUAUAUACAAGUGCGAUUCAAUUACCAACCUUACAGUAUACACGUGCAGGAGGAAACGUAACCAGCAAGGAAGGCGCCGAGCCGGAGCCCGCAGGAGACCAGCUCGACGCCGACGACGAGGGGGACUCCGCUUCUUUUGCGCUGGUGGUGGAGCGCGCGGACGGCGGGCGGUGCGGCGGCUCGCUGGUGUCCGUGCGCGCGGUGCUUACUGCCGCGCGCUGCGUGCCCGCGCUGUGGGUGCGCGCGCCCGGCUCGGCGGCGGCGCGGCGGGUGCGGCGCGUGGCGGCCGCCCGGGCCCCGAGCCCCCGCCCCGCGCUCGCCCUGCUGGAGCUGGAGGAGGCCCUGCCCGGCGCGUUGCCCAUCCUCAUGGCGACGGGCGCGGGCGAGUGCGGCGCGCCGACCUCCUGCCACGCGGUGCGCCUCGCCUCGCCGGUCGGCUCGCGCCUCGUGAUGCGCAUCGCGGCGGCGACCCUGGACCGCUGCUCCGCACUAGUGCCGCGCCUGGGGCCGCGCGCCGACGACGAGCUCUGUCUGCGAGCGGACGAUCUCUGCGCGAGUGAGCAGGGUGCGGGCGUGGUGUGCGCGGGCAAGCUGUGCGGCGUGGUGGGAGAGGAGGCGGCGGGCCGGGCGGGGUGCGGCGUGGUGGGAGGGGAGGCGGUGGGGUGCGGCGCGGUGAGAGGGGAGGCGGCGGGGUGCGGCGCGGUGCGCGCGGUGGCCGUGCUGUCGCGCCGGCGCCGCUUCCUGCACUGCGCGCACACGCUGCGAGCUUGCGCCCGUGACAAGGAAUGUUCAGCGCUAUGCUCGGAGACCCUACUUUUUGAAGAGCCCACGGACGUGACAACGGACACCCUCACUUUAGAGAAUAUUACUUCGUUCAGGACUGCGACCGAGGAACUAACGACAGCACGAGGCGCUCGACCGAGUCCGACGCCGACUCCCCCCCGCGGCCCCGCCCCGCCCACGCGCACAGCUUCCCCCAUUGCCCCCACCCCGGGGGCCGAGAUCAUCUCGCGAGUCUCUUUCGAGUUCGAACCGAAUCGAGCCGACUUCAAGGCGGGCGAGUACGGAGACAACGCGGCGGAGUACGGCGGCGACGAGCCCGCGCCCCCCUCGCCCCCCGGGACGCCGAGCGCUACCCCGGCGCGUGCGUCGCCUCGCGCCCCACCCGCGCCCCCCGCGACCCCCGCCCCGCCCCCGCUCGAGGCGCAGAUGUCGGCGGACGGAGGGAGUGCGCCCCCCUUGAAGCGGCCGGGGGUAGCGCUAGGGGUGUUGCCUCUAGUUUGUUUAGGAUUCUGAACACUUAUUCCUUAAAUUAUAAACCAGUUCCAUUAUGAUUUUAUUUUUAUUUUUUACAUUUAUAUAAUACCUUAUUUUAGUAGAUUUUGAAAUAAAAUAUCUCUUGAUGGAUUAA